GUUGUCUGCCCAGGGGGCAGUGGCUCUCCCAUGCGCAGAGAGACGUCUGGCGGCUUCCAAAAUGGUCUCAACUACAUCGCCAUCGACGUGAGGGACGAGCCGGGGCUGCCACCCCAGCCGCAGACACAGCACCCUCAGCCCGGAGAUAAGACAUCCUGGGGUCGGACCCGUAGUCUUGGGGGUCUCAUCAGCGCCGUGGGCGUGGGCGGCACCAGCGGGGGCUGCGGGGGGCCGGGCCCAGGCGCCCUGCCCCCUGCCAACACCUACGCCAGCAUUGACUUCCUGUCCCAUCACUUGAAGGAGGCCACCGUCGUGAAAGAGUGAAGCUCUCUCUGGCUUUAUCACCAUGAUGUCACACAUCAGAGGAUGUCAUUGAAAGAAGAUACUCAACAUGUUUUUCAGUUCGAAGCUGCUUACAAUUUUCUUUUGGAUCUGAGCAAUUCCUAAUUUUGGAACAUCUGUGGACUACAUUAGACAAGGAACCAACGAGGCAACCAGCACCUGCCUCUCUCGUGUGUCCCCGCACGGGACGCUCAUCAUUGUGCUGUUUGUGUUUUGUUUUUAAACAAAAUUAACUGAAGAAGUUAUUCUCAAGAAAAUGGGAUGUUCUCCAUUGGCCUUCUUAAAUUGUGGCCAGUGUCUUAAUUGCUUCUUACUUUCGUUUUGGCAAAGCGAGUGUAUCCCUCAGCAUGCUAGGAGAUUCUAUCAAUACCCAUGAAAGUGGUAAAAUCUGGUAUUUACUGGCUUAUACUCAAAACUACCACAGUCCUACCUCAGUUCAAGGUAAAGCCAGAUGUGCGUGGCUGGGGUCCUACGAGACCUCCUGUGUCUCUCUGGAGUACGGUCAUCGGCCUUAUUGGACUGGUUCAAGUAGACAGCUGCUUGUUGGAUUCCAAUCCAGGUACCUGCAAUGUUUACUUACAUACAGAGCCCUGUGUGGGACUGACAUUUCUCAACAGAAGUGAAGUCUGGGAUUGGACUUUGAAGACAGAUGAAUAAAUAAUAAUUAUUAUAUGUAACUGAAGCAACCUACUUUUGAAAAAUCAACUGUAUUGGGUAGUGGGGGGGAGGGCAGGGAUCUGGGAAGGGGAUGUAGAUCUCUUUUUACCUUCAACAGACUUGUUUAAUCUUCUCUAUGUAGAUGUUUAUGUAGGUACUUCAAAUUGCAAAAGCCUUUUAUCCUAUUUACAAGCUCAAAUGUCUCUGCUAUCUUAAUCUUGGGCUUGCAUUUCUUUAACCAAAAAUUCACGUAGGCAUGCUUGCAAUUCAAGGGUGGUCCAGAUCUGGCAGAUUCACUUUUUAAAAAAAUGUAUUAUCCUUAAUAAAAUGCUGUUAUGACAGCCAGCGAGUCUGCCCUGAACAAAAACGAGAGAGAGAGAAAAAAAAAAAAAAAAAGGAGAAGAAACUGAUCUAAAGAGGCAUUCCAGCUCCUAUGUUAUUCAUGGAAACGGAAAAAGAAAAACAAUCUUGCGGUACAUGUUCCUUGUCGAAGAAAUUCCUGACAAGACUUAUCCUUGUUUCAUGUUUUCAGUGUUCUGAAAAUAUCAGUGUUGUGGCAAUUAUCGCAGAUGUCACCUAAAACUGCUGAACCUGACCAGCAAAAUGUUCUGGAAUCUUGUGACUCUCUUGAUACACACACAGUUGGAGGGCUAGUGACUUCUCCUCCCAUGGGGGCACCCCAGUGCCUGCCUUCUCUGAUAGUCAUGGAGAGGUUACACUAAUUCAUUGGAGAUGUGAGUAGUUGGGUUUUGGGGGGUUUUUUUGAGAAAAAAAUAUAUAUAAAUAUAUAGGUAUAUAUCACUAUAGAAUAAUGCAUUAAUAAAAUGAGGCUUUUUUAGAGGAAGACCAAAAAAAUUCAAUGUCUUAAACAUAUAUUUAAUGGCAAUGCAAAAGUCUUCCUGCUUCCGUGCUGAACUUUAGAACAGAGGAUUGUAUUGCAAGACAAAGUUGAAUGUAAAGUGAUCCCCCUGGACAUUCUUAAGAUUUUACUUUUCUGAAAUUACACAUCACAGCAGUGCACAGACCAUACGAUGUUAGUUUGAAGGUCAAUUUCUGUGUAUGAUGUACUUUAUUAAAGAUGUAUAAAAUGCCCUAAAGGUUUUAUUUAGUUUGGGGAACAGGAAUCGGUGGGUGGUAUUUGUUUUCCAACCCCCACAGGUACGAUAGGACUGAAUAUCGCCCCUGCUGAUUACAGUGUAUUGACGCAUACCUACUUAAUGCUCCCUCUCUCUUUAGAAUAGUCACGACACCAUACACAUGGUUCAUGCUCAUACUGCAACUUAAAACAAGCAAAAUAAAAGAGUCGACAAUAGACUCAAUUUUCCUCUAUCCUGUACAUUUCAAAAAAGAAAAAGGCAUAUGCAAUAUUUACAUUUUUAAUUUAGUUUACAGAAUGGAACCAAAAUGUAUAAAUGUUAUGUUUGCUAAAAACUUCACGAUGUAUAUUAGGUCUUUGUACAUUUUGCCUGACUUACCUUAAAUUUAAAAUAUUUUUUGCUAUAUAAACUUUAACAGUUAUUAAACAGUGUUUUCUUUUGGGGUACGUAUUGUUUCUGGAUAUCGAGAUGUUAAAUAUAUUUCUCGCUGUUGUGCUAUGACAAAAGACUUAACUUAUCUUGCUCUGUCUUCCACGGGACACGCUGCAUCUAGGAGUCAGCGUGUUGCCGCUGGAGACGGGAAUGAACUGGAUAGAAUAGUGCGUUGUCUGUAGUCUAUUGAUCAUGGAUGCCCUCCUUAAUAGCCAUAUGCAAUAAAAUAAAAUACAUUAUUUAUGAAAUGA